CUUUCUGCCUUAAUUUUUACCCAUUGCCUUGUUUAGCAUAAAAUCCUUUUAAAUGAUAAAACGGAUAUUUAUUUGAGCGGCUCUGGUCUUGAACCCUUUUAUAUACCAGACAAAUCGAUUGGCCCUAAAUGUGUCAGAUCUCAGAUUCUUAUUUCUGGAAUGGCCGUGACAUUAUUUUUUUAACACUUUACAUUAAGUUUUCAUUUGUUAAAAUUGGUAAACUAUGCGAGUUAACAUGAACAAUACUUCUACAACAUUUUACGUUAAUGGUAACCACUAAUACAUUUACUACACUCUUAAUAAUAAAGGUUUUUCUAAUGCAACAAACAAGAACCAGAAAUGAACAAAUAGAUUUUUACUAACUUUAACAAAGAUUAAUAAAUACUUUGAAACAUAUAUUGCUCAUUGUUAGUUUAUGUUAGCUAAUGUGUUUACAUGUUAACAAAUAAGAUCUUAUUGUAAAGUGCUACCAAUAGUUUACAAUUAAUUGCCUAAAUCAAUCAUAAUUUGUGACAUUAUUGCUGAAUAAAUAACUCAGACUAUCUGUAUUUGUGUGUGCCCUAAGGAGAAAUAUUUUGACAGUCAUUCAGGACCUUUCAGUGAACAGUAGAGGAAUUAGAGAUGAACAAUAGGUAGAUGAGAGAUGUUGUGAGGCCAUUGUGUAAUGGCAGGCGAACAGUUAGCUGGCAUUUUCCACAGCUGAAUAAAACCCAUUUUACUGGGGGCACUGGGGUGUAUCUCUGUCAUAGCAUAGAGUGGGAAGGCAGUUCACUUUAGGGUUUCUUCAGAGGAGAGGUUGCAGUUGAAGGAAAAAGUGGAGACCCACAAGGCGCAGCGGCAUACAAGGACCUGGCCCGCUCACCUCCAAUCCCUCCCUGCAAGUAUUGCUCGCGCUCUCCAGUCGGCCGUGGAGCGUUGGAGAGAGAUGCACCCAGAGCGCCCUCUGCCCCAGGCCAUGCCCUCCUCUCUGGGCCGAGACCUGGGAGAUGCAGCCACGAGGAUGGGCCGUGACAAAGGCAUGCUGGGAGGAAAUAUGGCGUACGGAACUAUCCAGUCUCUUAAAGACUGCCUCUACUUCCUGCUCUGCUGCUGGUGCAUCAAAGAGAUCCUGGACUGAGAAUGAAUGAGUUUUUGAGUCAAUGGAUGAUUCAUCACAGCUGUGUUGAUGCGUUGGCCUGAAUCCAGAUCUCUUUACACAUGCAUAAACACACAUAACAAGCAUCAGAGGCUUUUGUAUUAAUGCGAUCUAAAGCAGUAUUGUUAAAUUGUGCAAUAAAUAAAAAUAAUAUAGAGAAAAACUGAUUGUGUAUAAACAGAAAAGGGUGUUUUUUUUAAUGGUUUAAAAUGGUACAAAGUACAAACUGUUAAUGUGUAAUGACAUAUACAAAAAAAAACAUGCAAAUACAAGUUGAACAAAUACAGUAUGCCAUAAAUCUCAUGAAAACACAUACUAAACUUUUUACAUAAAUGGUUAGAAAAUGUGUCAGUUUUUUAUACA